UGCGCGCGGCGGGCGGGGCCUGCGCGCUUCUCUGCGGACCGGCCCUGCGCUGCGGCCGGAAGACCGUCUCCGCGCCCGGACCUCGGGGCGGUGUCCUCUCGCGCUGCACCGGGUGGAAGAGAACGCGCUCGGGGUCCGAUUUCGUUUCCUUGAAAGCGAGCUGGAGUCUGCGUUCUACCCGUGACCUCGCCAAGUUGGCGCCCUCCGCUUUUGCUUCCUGAACGAGUCCGGCACCCACCGCGUUGGCAGUCUAAUCCCGAAAACCGGUGUGCGCCGUCGGUGCAUGUCGAUCCUUCUUGAAGCAAACUGGGAAGCAUCCUGUGCCCCCUCGUCCCCCUCGGAGGCAAAUAAGUGCCUUUCUCCAUCGGGGGCGCAGGACGUUGUCUGGCUGAGGCUUGUCGCGGCGCCCCGACUGUGAUGCUCAACUGUUGUAGUUCUGCACACUGACUUGGCUCAGGUCAUCAAUCCUCUUCCCUCAGCCCACAGACUCCGCCGCCAUGAAGGUGAAAAUCAAGUGCUGGAACGGUGUGGCCACUUGGCUCUGGGUAGCCAAUGACGAAAACUGCGGCAUCUGCAGGAUGGCGUUUAAUGGCUGCUGUCCGGACUGUAAGGUGCCUGGCGACGACUGCCCCCUGGUGUGGGGACAGUGCUCCCACUGCUUCCACAUGCACUGCAUCCUCAAGUGGCUGAACGCGCAGCAGGUGCAGCAGCACUGCCCCAUGUGCCGCCAGGAAUGGAAGUUCAAAGAGUGAGGCCCGUGUGUGCCCCACCCCCUCCCAGCCCUGUGCCAAGCUCAGCCCCUUCCCCUCACUGAAGACGGCAUCCUGAGCCCCUCCUCACCAUGGACCUGGUGGCAGUGUUCCGUGCUGGGGACAGGGAUGCCGUCCCUGGGGCUGUGACAGGGUUGGAACAAGGACUGGCGCUUUGUGUGGCUUUUUUUCUUUCGCUAUGUUGACACUUUUAUUCAAUAAAUAACUCAUUAAAGUUCUUGAGCCUUGCUGGA